AUGCCAUCUAUAUCUUUUAACAGCCAUCUUGAACUGACCAAGCGAUAUCCAGGCGCCGAAGAUUUGUGUCGCCAAAAGUCAGAAGCGGAAAGAAUACAAAUAAAAGGAGAUGCCAAAAUUGGAGACGAAAUUCGCAAAAUGAACUAUCUAGAAAUAUGGAACAAAAAGGCGCCAUGCAAGCUCAAUACCAAAAAUUCAAAGACUAAACGUUUGGAGAACACUGUUGGAUGCCAAGCAAUAACCCAUACCGUUUAUAUAGAUGGAAAAAAGGGUACAAUUAUUGUUGGUUGUAAAGCUGUCUUCUAUUGA